AUUUGGUGUCUCUAUAUUCCUUUUUUUUAUGUUUUUUUUUUGAAAUUAACUAUUGUCUCUUUCUCUUUUUUUCCUUUCAAAAUUUGGUCAAGCAAUCACUGGAGAUCUAUGAACUAAUAGGCAUUUGCAGCAGCUGACUCAAGAAAAUACUCAUAAAACCACAACUGAAAAUGCAAAAGAAAUCAGUAAAACCCAAAGAAGAGGACUUCAAGCCAAUAACAACAAUCUUAUAAAAACUUUCACAAACCUCCCAUCAACAAUAAAGAUAUCAAGAUCAAAAAAGUGUUGAGAGCAAGAUUAGUAAUGAAAUGUCACUUUAAGCGGAGUUGAGCAGCUCAGGAUUAUAUUUCUGUUUUGAGUUAGAAAAGUUUUGAAGCUCCUCAAGAGACUGGUUUUAUGAAGUGCUCUGUUGAUUGUGUUGCUUGCGAACAAUGGAUAGCUCGAUGCUUAAACAGCUUGUUGCUCAGAGAAUCAUACAGGACUUGUCCUCCACCAGCGACACUUACGACUCGGUAUCAGACUAUCUUCUCCUGAAGAUAAAGAGCGAUUUUUUGGAGUGCACCCACCACCAGGUGAAUGACAACUACAUUUCAGACAUAAACGAGUUUAAUUUCAGUGAUUUAAAUCUAGAUGACGAAGAGGUAUCAGGGCUAUUGUUUCUUGUUGUUGAAAAUGCCAUGGAUGAACUAAUGAAUAAGUUUGAUAGAAUUGUUGGCGAUUUUCCAGAUUACAUUUCUCAAAUUAAUUUAGAAUAUGAACAAAAUUAAAAACUUAAACCCGAUUCUGUAUGAAACUAAUAGUUAUCUUUGCAGAGAAAUUAAGGGAUGUGGUUUUAGACAUAGAAAGUUAAUUAUUUUAAAAAGAAACCAUUUUUAUUAUGUAUUAUUGACUUAUAAAAAGCCAAGCAGGAAUAAAUAAAGAAAAGAAAAAAAAAGCCAAAAAAUAAAAGAACAAAAAAA